AUGGAUGUGGAGGAGUUCGACGGUAUCUUGUGUGUGAAUGUUACCGAUGCGCAGCCCAGAAGACGACGCUCUAUUUUCACCAUUUCAACCUCGUCGAGCUCCUCCGUCAGAAACCUACCUAAUGAAGAACACUUUCGGAGCUCCAUCUCUAGAAGUGUUAGCGCUGAAACGUGCGGUACAUCGUUGACUGGGUUGCUCGAAAGCGUUUCUCAAGAGUCGGUGAAGAUCGCGGGUCAAGAGUCGUGUCAAUGCGUCGUGUGCCCUGCUGAGGUCGUGGCUCGUAAUGAUGAGCGUUUUUGUGGAAGUCCGAGUUCUGUUUCGCAAAUGAAAUGGCUGUCGCUUCUUGAGAUGGAGUCUGUGUUGCCCGCUUUCACGCGGUGUUAUACGAAAGAAUGCGGUGCAGUAGAAGAGAAGUUGGAGGAGAUGAUGUGUCGUGUUUCCAACCUUUCGAAGGAUGCGCUGGAUUGUCGGGCAUCGUUUCGGAAAGUGUACGACAGGCUGAAACAUUUAACGAAGAAGAAACGGGCCUUGAAAGAAGAAAUCGAGCGGAACAGCGAAUUCAACGAACUCCUCAAUGGCCUUCGUGGUUUAUAAAGAUCGAUCCUAUUUUCUAGCUUCAUCCUGAAGUUUACGAAAUGCAACAGCCAAUUGCACGAGA